AUGCUCUUCAGAACGCUCACACUCUCCAUAAAGCUCAAUCUCAACCCGAAAUCAACCUCCAAAGCAUUAUUCUCUAGCAGCAUUGCGAAAAUGGCCGAAGAUAAAAUCACGAAUUGGGUAGCGCCCAACGAUAAGAGCGGGGAGUUCAAGAGAGGGCAAUCUCAGUUCCGGAAUUUCAUUAAGAAGGGAGGGGAGUUCCCGCCGGAGAAAGGACGGUAUCAUCUCUACAUCUCCUACGCAUGUCCCUGGGCGCACCGCGCGCUCAUCGUGCGCCAACUCAAAGGCCUGCAAGACAUCAUCCCCUACACCGGCGUACACUGGCACAUGCAGCAGAAAGGCUGGCGGUUCGCGACAGCAGGGGAUAAAGAUGCGCCGGGCGAGAAUGUGGGCCCGGAUCCGGUGAAGGGCUUCGAAUACUUGCGGGAUUUGUAUUUUAGUGUGGAUCCGGAAUAUAAGGGGCGCUUUACGGUGCCGACGCUGUAUGAUGUGAAGAGCGGGCGGAUUAGGUAUGUUCUGUGCUUUCCUCUUCUCCUGCAAGCAAGCAUGCCGCAAUCUGGGCAUGGAUAUGGAUGGGAUGGGUAUCUUACUGAUGUGUGUAUUGGUGCACAGUUCGAUGAUUUGAUCGACGAGAAAUACAAAAAGGUCGAUUUGUAUCCCGCGGCGCUACAGAAGGAAAUCGAAGAAACGAAUGCGUGGACCUACGAUACAAUCAACAACGGCGUGUACAAAUCCGGCUUCGCAACCACAGCGUCCGCGUACGAAGCAGCCUGCACAUCACUUUUCACGUCCCUCGACCGCGUUGAGAAACACCUUUCGACCGUCACCGAUGGCCCGUAUUACUACGGCAAGGAAAUCACAGAGGCAGAUGUGAGGUUGUAUACUACGAUUAUAAGGUUCGAUGCGGUGUAUGUGCAGCAUUUCAAGACGAAUAUCAGGGAUGUGCGGUCGGGGUAUCCGUAUAUUCAUCGUUGGUUGAGGGAGUUGUAUUGGAAUGUACCGGCUUUUGGGGAGACGACGCAGUGGGACCAUAUCAAAAAGCAUUAUACGCAGAGUCAUACGAAUAUCAAUCCUCACAGUAUCACGCCAUUGGGUCCCGAGCCACCGAUCCUGAAGAUCGGGGAAGAGGUCCCGGCUGUUAGGUUUGCGUUGGAGGCUGCGAAGAAGAAGUGA